AGGGUCCGGAGGGAAAUGUUGCCACCGAAGCAAAGAACCCGGUAGCACUUUGGUUCCCGCGCGGAUGCUGGCGCGGGAAGGCUUCGGGCGGGCGCACGGCCGAGUGGGGCUCGCAGAAGCAGGCCGCCGGGGCCCGCCAUCCAUCCGCCGCUACUAUGAUUCCGGUGUCGCUGGUGGUGGUGGUGGUGGGUGGUUGGACCGCCAUCUACCUGGCCGACUUGGUGUUGAAGUCAUCUGUGUAUUUUAAACAUUCUUAUGAAGACUGGCUGGAAAACAAUGGAUUGAGCAUCUCUCCUUUUCAUAUAAGAUGGCAAACUUCAAUUUUUAAUCGUGCCUUUUACAGUUGGGGACGGCGGAAAGCAAGGAUGCUUUACCAAUGGUUCAAUUUUGGAAUGGUGUUUGGCGUGAUUGCCAUGUUCAGCUCUUUUUUUCUCCUUGGAAAAACACUGAUGCAGACUUUGGCACAAAUGAUGGCUGACUCUCCCUCUCCUUAUUCUUCCUCUUCCUCUUCCUCCUCUUCCUCUUCCUCUUCUUCCUCUUCCUCCUCCUCUCUUCACAAUGAACAGGUAUUGCAAGUUGUGGUUCCUGGUAUAAAUUUACCUGUCAAUCAACUGACUUACUUCUUCGCUGCAGUCCUCAUUAGUGGUGUUGUACAUGAAAUUGGACAUGGUAUAGCAGCUAUUAGGGAGCAAGUUCGAUUUAAUGGCUUUGGAAUUUUUCUCUUCAUUAUUUAUCCUGGGGCAUUUGUUGAUCUUUUCACCACCCAUUUGCAACUUAUAUCACCAGUCCAGCAGCUAAGGAUAUUUUGUGCAGGUAUAUGGCAUAAUUUUGUCCUUGCUCUCCUUGGUAUUUUAGCUCUUGUUCUCCUCCCAGUAAUCCUCUUGCCUUUUUACUACACUGGAGUUGGGGUACUUAUCACUGAAGUCGCAGAGGAUUCACCUGCCAUUGGACCCAGAGGCCUUUUUGUGGGAGACCUUGUCACUCAUCUACAGGAUUGUCCUGUUACUAAUGUGCAAGAUUGGAAUGAAUGUUUAGACACCAUUGCAUAUGAGCCCCAAAUUGGGUAUUGUAUAAGUGCAUCAACGUUACAACAAUUAAGCUUCCCAGUUAGAGCAUACAAACGACUAGAUGGUUCUACUGAAUGCUGUAACAAUCACAGCCUCACAGAUGUGUGCUUUUCCUACAGAAAUAAUUUUAAUAAACGUUUGCAUACAUGUCUACCUGCCCGGAAAGCAGUUGAAGCUACUCAAGUUUGUAGAAGCAAUAAAGAUUGCAGAAGCAGCUCAAGUUCAAGCUUCUGUAUAGUACCAUCCUUGGAAACUCACACCCGACUAAUAAAAGUGAAACAUCCCCCGCAAAUUGAUAUGCUGUAUGUAGGGCACCCACUGCAUCUUCACUACACAGUGAGCAUUACAAGUUUCAUCCCACGUUUCAACUUUCUAAGCAUAGAUCUGCCAGUGAUUGUGGAGACAUUUGUCAAGUACCUGAUUUCUCUUUCUGGAGCUCUGGCUAUUGUUAAUGCAGUGCCCUGCUUUGCCUUGGAUGGUCAAUGGAUUUUAAACUCUUUCCUGGAUGCUACCCUUACUUCAGUGAUUGGAGACAACGAUGUCAAAGAUCUGAUUGGAUUUUUCAUCUUGCUUGGUGGCAGUGUACUUUUGGCUGCCAAUGUGACACUGGGACUCUGGAUGGUUACAGCACGAAAAUAUGGCAUUGUUGUCUUCUAAGAUCACUCAGGACCAAAAUGUAUCUGCAUAUUAAAAAGGCACAGACCUUUUCAGGUAAAGCUUAGAGAAUGCCGUGAAAUACUCACAUCAUUAACUUCAUUGCAUGCAUUAAGCAGUUUACUAAUGAAAAUGUAUGUGUGUAAAUCAUUGUUUUCAAUACUGAGGAAAUUAAUUUUUGGUGUGAUACUUAAGAGAGACCAAGACCUCACACAUGCAAGCAAGUAUUCUACCACUAAACUAUUAUCCAUAGACCAUGAAAAUAUUUUAAUAAGAGGAAAUUCUAUUCAUUAACUUCAUUUUCUGAGUGAAGGCAACAAUAUAAAAUCUCAUUUCUUAUUAGCUGCUGAACACCUCUGCCAGCUAAUCUUUAGGGGUUGGGAGCUUCUCUCCUCGAAGUCCAGCCAAUUUGUAUGCAAAUGGCCUCAUUACUAAAGAAAAGAGAUGUUACUUAUUGUCUCUUCAGCUUCACUGUGGGCUCCUUGCUUCCCUGCAUAGUGCAUGAGCUAUCAGAAGUGCUUAAAGUGCUUGAAUGGAUGAUGACUAGUGUUAUUUAUAGCUAGAAAAGCAUGCUUCUAUUUAAGCUGUAAAAAGGAUUGUUGAAUAGUUACUGUAAAUAUGUUGACAUAGUAAAGCUUGGAAUGUCUUAUGUCCCUGGUGUAUUAUCAUCUUUAUGGAAAAAAUUCAUUUUGGUUUCUGUAGGGCAAUUAGAAAAAUUAAUUAUAUUGGAAAAUGAAUUAUGUUGGUGAUUUGAAGAAGUAUCUUUGUGUGUUGUCUCUUUGUUCAACAGUGAAAUUUUAUUCUCAGUGUUCCUAUUCUGCAUUGUUUACAUUCUUAAGGUUUUUAUUUUAAUCAUCCAUAAACGUAAAACAUGUACAUAUUAUUUUUAGCAUCUCAGUUUGAAGAGACAUACAGUUAAACUUGACUUUGAUAAACACUUCUAGGUCAUUGUCUGUGCGAAUAACAGAUUGUAAGCAUACGCUUCAUAGUGAUGUAGCUUUCUGUCAUUGUGUCCUUGGUAUUUAUUGAACAUCCACAUACUGGUGGCACACAGAUUUUUUUCAAUAACUCCUUUGAUUGAGCUGUAAUUCAUUUUAAGGCUUUAAUUUGAUUUUAUAAUUGUCAGAAUGUGUUGUUUAGCAAUAAAAAACAAAUGUAA